UUGAGGAGUUGUUUUUAUUUUAUCUUCGUCUAAAAUGAAGUAUUUUAAGAUACUAAUUUGAGUAUUUCUCCAAAACAGUGUAAAGUAAAAUUUAUAAUCGACUUUAAUACAUUCUGUCCUUCUACGUCAUCUUAGGACUUAUCGUAGGUAAUUCAUUUAUUCAUAUUGGGAAUCUUAAAAAAGUAAAACGUCAAUGACAAUCAAACGUCAAUGUCAAUUCCGGAUUUCGUUUCGUACAUAACCUAUUCGUAAUUUUGCUAAUUUAAAAUGGCUGGUUCUUCGAAUACGAUUAUUUUAAAUUCCGCUGACUUUAUUAAGGCUGAUUCUCGGAAUCUGCCGAAAGUUGAAAAUGUAAUGAUAUUGGAGUUCAUGGCUACCAAUAGUAAGCACAAUGUUAGUGAAAUAAGAGGUGCUAAAAUGCUGAUGUCAUCUCGGGUAUCUUAUCUAAGUACUGCUGUUGGAUAUGUUCAAGUUAGUAGGACUGGGAGUAACUGUGUAGUAAAAGCAAGAAUCGUACCCGAACAUAGAAUCAGCGAUAAACUAUACACAGUACUUUGCCAAAUAGAUGAAAUGAAUGAUGUUAUUGUAGACUCAGUAUGUCAAGACUGUGCAGCGUCUGCGGGUGGCUGCAAACAUUCAUUGUUACUACUUUUCUGGCUUGAAAAAAGAAGUUCAGAACCAUCACCCACAGAAACUUGUUGUUACUGGAACAAGCCAUCACUGUCAAGUGCUCGAACACAACACGUCACUAGUAAAGACAUAUUUGUGAAGGCGAAGAAGCCAAAGUUGGAAGUUAAAGAUAGCUCCGUAUUACAAGAAUUUAAAGAGGAGUGUGCAACAAGACAAGUCAAAAAUUCUUUAAUUAUUAAUUAUAGUGAGUUACAUGAAUUUAACUCCAAAAAUAUAUUUGAUAUGAUGUCAGGGUUUCUUGAAGCAUACACCAUCCAUAGCUUCUGUAACUUCCAACAAUAUUUAAAAUCCAAGAUUACUAUAGAUACUAUUGAGGAAAUUAAUAUUAAAACAAUGGGUCAAGCAGACAGUAAAUACUGGCACAGUAUAAGACAAGGAAGAUUGACAGCUUCAAAAUUGUAUGAGGCUGCACAUUGUAAUACUGAUGGGUCAUUGGUCCAGCAAAUAUUAGGGGGCUACAAAAUACCUGAAACCAAAGCCAUUCAACGGGGAAAAAAAUUGGAAGAAAGAGUGCUAAGAGUAGUAGAACAAAAGUUAAAUAUUAAAUUUAGAAAAUCAGGAUUUGUAUUAAUUAAUGGAAUAUUGGGAGCAUCACCUGAUGGUGUGGCUGAUGACUUUGUCAUAGAAAUAAAAUGCCCUUUUACAGAAAAAUCGGUCCGGAACUAUGUAAAGGAUGACAUUAUAAAUGAUAAGUAUAGAACACAAAUACAUUGCCAAAUGCUCGCAUGUGGAAAAAACAGGGGAGUAUUUUGUGUUGCAGAUCCAAAAUUUGAGACCACAAAGAAUGUGCAUCUAAUAUGGGAAGACUUGGAUAAAAACUUUAUUAUGGGUAUAAUAAAUAAAGCGGAAAAUUUUUGGAAAGAUUACAUUUUUCCGAAAUUAAUGUCAAGUGCAAAAUAAAUAAACAUGUGUUAUUUUUAAUAAGUCUUUAUUAUUUCUCCUUGUAAAUUUAUUAACCCACAAGAUAUAAUAACAAUUUCGUCUAAAUAGGGAACAUAUUUGUAGUUAACCACUGAGUGUGGUUUCAGCAUAGCAAACUCUCUUACACGUCUUAUAACCCUUUCUACGUGGAUCCUCAAACUAGCUAUAACUUUGCUCUGUAACGUUUCUGUUACAGUCUGCUUCAUUCCAGAAUAAACUGUUGGUGGUCUAAGGAGUGUUACAUGUUUCAGUGCUAGCAACGACUCUAUUUCUUUGAAACCUCUGUCAGCCAAUACUACACUGUUUGGUUGAACAAUAUCUAAAAAAUUACUUUUUUCAACAAGAGCUUUAUCAGAUAUUCUUCCCCCAUAACCUUCAGAUAUAAAACUUAUUAAUCCAUCUGGAGUGCAACCUAUUAAAUAUUUAACAGUAUUGCAGUUUUUAUACUGUGACCAUGUUUGUGCUUGCUUUAUUGGGUCUGAUGGCUUAGCAAUCUGUAUUUCAAAACAGUCUAUAAUAAUUUGCACAUUAGAGUAUCUUAUUUUAAAUACCAAAGGUAAAUUCUGUUUUAUUAGUUUUGGCUGUGGAUUAUAAACAAGAUUUUGAAAAAAAUUCGCCAGUACUUCAAUACCUAGGAGAAUCAUGCUAGACAAUUUUGUUCGUGAUAAUUCAAAUAGGUCACUUAUUUUUUCAAUAGAAUCAUUUUGUUUUAUUUUAAACAAUGUGACUAUGAUACAAAGCGAAUCUACUUUUGUGGUACUUUUACUGACCAGAUAAUCUAUAAACC